AUAAGCGAGCUGCGAAUCGAUUGAGAAAGAUAGCCAGUGCCCCAAGUCCAGACUCGUAUUCCUAUUCUUUUCUUUUCUUCCGAGUUUGGUUCUAUCUCUGAUGAUUCUUGAUCGUUCUUCGCCUUUACCCUUGAAGCGCAGAAGAUUCACCAACGUUGAUCCAAUGGAGGCUGAGCAAGCUGAGGCCAAGCUUUCUGCUGUAAAAGAAAAGCUGGGUCGAGAGAUACGUGUGUUUGAAACGUCUCCUCCUUCUUCUUCUUCACCAAAACAAGAGUCCAGAGCUGAGGAGCCUGACGAUUUCUAUGAUUUCACUCCCGAGGAUUAUUAUCGAAUCAUGGCUUCUUCCAAAAAGGAAGAUAAGUUCUUAAAGACACGAAAACUCAGGGAGGCAGAAGAGGCAUCGCGCAAGUCAAAGAUAACAAAGGCUGUAAUAAGGGUAAGAUUUCCUGAUAACCACACAUUAGAGGCAACAUUUCACCCAUCAGAAACUUUCCAGAGCUUGGUUGAUCUUCUUUCGAAAGUGAUUGCUAAGCCACAGUUGCCAUUCUAUUUAUAUACUACCCCUCCUAAAAGGCAGAUAAAGGACUUGUCACAGGAUUUUUACUCUGCUGGCUUUAUUCCCGGGGCAAUCGUGUAUUUUGCAUAUGAUAUACCAAAAGGGGAAGAUGCUGCAGCUGCCAACUCAGAUCCUUUCCUUCACGAAGAGUUUAUGUCUUUGAAAGGCUUGGAGCUCAUUACCGAGCAGGCAGAGCCAGAAAAACCCGUUCAGUCGGCAUCUGAACCUGUGAUCCCGAUCCCAGCACCUGUUGUUCAAGAGAGCAGGCCUGCAGAGAGACAAUCAGGCAAGCCAAAGUGGCUGAGGUUGUGAUAUGUCCAACUCCAAAAGCAGACUUCUUUUGUAUGCCUCUCCUCUUCAUCUGCCAACAGAUUAUCUGACAAGACAAAGUUUGAGGCAGAUGAACAACAUCUCUUAACAAGCAUUAAAUUAUGUGAAAAUCUGCAAGAGUUCUGAGGAGUUGACUUGUGAGGACACUUUAAUGCUUUGUUGUAGUUGUCAAUAGUUAUAUGAAUAGUUUUGCAUUUCUGGUCUCAGCAAGAAUUGGAAUUUGCUUAUUUCACUUGUGUCAUUCUGUAUUUUUAGACUAUGUUUCUACUACUAUUCUUGGCAAAAUGGUAAGUUGCUCAUUCUCACCAA